CUUGAACUUCCUCCUACAGAAUAUGUGUCCUUUGACCCUGGGAUUGUCCCUGUCAACCCACACGGGUUCUGUUUUGUUUCAGAGUCUUGUGGAGUUUCGAAGGUAGUGGGGAGAUGCCGGGCUUCCAUCCCCCGGUGGUGGUACAAUAUCACCGAUGGGUCCUGCCAGCCAUUUGUUUAUGGAGGCUGUGAAGGAAAUGGCAAUAACUACCAGAGCAGAGAGGAGUGUCUUGACAAGUGUGCUGGUGUCACUGAGAACACCAUUGAUGGCAUGGCCAGGAGCAAGAACGGAGCGGACUCUUCUGUCCUGAGUGUUCCCAGAAAGCAGAAUUCUGAGGACCUCUCUGGUGAGAUCUUCAACUAUGAAGAGUACUGUGUCCCGAAGGCCGUCACUGGGCCUUGCCGCGCAGCCUUCCCUCGCUGGUACUAUGAUGCUGAGAAGAAUUCCUGUAACAGCUUCAUCUAUGGCGGGUGCAGAGGCAACAAGAACAGUUACCUCUCCCAGGAGGCGUGCAUGCAGCACUGCUCUGGUAAGAAGAUGUAUCCUUUUCUGACCCCAGGUACAAAAGCGGUGAUCUUGGUGGGACUGUUGAUCAUGGUCCUGAUCCUCCUCCUGGGAGCCUCUAUGGUGUGCCUGAUCCGAGUGGUUCGCAGGAAGCAGGAGCGUGCCCUCCGCACAGUUUGGAGCACUGCGGACGACAAGGAGCAGCUGGUGAAGAGCACCUAUGUCUUGUAGAGGCCCAGUGCUCAGAGAACGGGGGGACAACAUAUGCUGUUUAAAAGAGAACAACUGCUUGUUGAGAUCCGUAGGGAGUUUGCUCUUUGUUUCCAGCCCUGUAGCUCAGGGCCUCCUCCUGACCCUGCCCUCCCACAGCCCCUCGGCCCUUCCCCUCCUGCAGCUUCUCUAGGAGCCCCAUGCUUGUAGUCUUUACUGUGAGUUUGAUUUAUGUGGGUUUUUUUUUAAGUAGAUAAAGGUUUUUUAAAAAUCAGGAUUCUGAAAGAAUGUUUAAUAAAGUGGGCCUUUUAAAAUAAAAUUUACUGUGUA